UCUACGAGAGAAUCAGAUCGUAAAUGGCGGCCAUUGUUUUUCGUAUUCUUUAGUCGGAAUAACUUUCUUUAACCUCGUCGUCAGCGUGUGCUAGUAAAUAAACUUUUGUAUGUGGUAGUUUAGUUAGACAAAUAAGCGUUUAACAUGACCGAUAUAAGGGACAUGUUAACAAACAUGAGUAAAAAUGGAGAGGCCGAACCGCCUCCACCGAAACCGGCGGGGCCCAAAAAGAACACAAUCGAAAAGACCUUUCAGAAAAAGACCCAAUUGGAGCAUAUACUUCUACGGCCCGACACUUACAUCGGUUCGGUGGAGCACACCAAAGAGUUGAUGUGGAUUUACGACACGGAGAAUAGUAAGAUGGUGCAAAAGGAGAUCGUUUACGUGCCGGGCCUUUACAAAAUAUUCGAUGAGAUCCUCGUGAAUGCCGCCGAUAAUAAACAGAGGGACAAGAAGAUGGAUUGCAUUAAGAUAGAGAUAAAUCAAGAGAACAAUGUCAUUUCGGUGUGGAAUAACGGGCAAGGUAUACCUGUCGUGAUGCACAAGGAGGAGAAAAUGUACGUUCCGACCAUGAUCUUUGGCCAUCUCUUAACCUCGUCCAACUUCAACGACGAAGAGGAGAAGGUUACCGGCGGUAGAAACGGGUACGGCGCGAAGCUGUGCAACGUCUUCAGUACAAAGUUUACAGUGGAGACCUCAAGCAAAGAGUACAAACAGCAUUUUAAACAGUCGUGGAGCGCGAACAUGUCGAAGGCGUCCGAACCCAAGACCAAGGACUACUCCGGGGAGGAGUUUACGAAGAUUACUUUUUCUCCGGACUUGAAAAAGUUUAAAAUGGAAAAUUUAGACGACGAUAUCGUCGGACUCUUUUCUAGACGCGCAUUCGAUGUGGCCGCCUCCACUCGCGGUGUCAAGGUGUUUUUAAACGGCAAAAAGCUACCGGUGAAAAAUUUUAAAGAAUACGUAGACCUGUACAUAAAGAAUAACGACGAUGACGGGAACGACGCCCAUAAGUUGAUAUACGAAAGUCCGAAUGAACGAUGGGAGGUGGCCGUUACGACGUCCGACUACGGAUUUCGACAGGUUUCGUUCGUGAACAGCAUCGCCACGAGUAAAGGUGGCAAGCACGUCGAUCACGUCGUCGACAUGAUCACAAAGCACGUCGGCGAGCUUCUAAAGAAGAAAAAUAAGGGCGGAGUCGCCAUUAAGCCGGGUCAAAUUAAGAAUCACAUGUGGAUUUUUAUUAACUGUCUUAUCGUCAAUCCAUCCUUCGACUCGCAAUCGAAGGAAACAAUGACGUUGCAAGUGAAGAAUUUCGGUUCGAAGUGCAAUUUGAGCGAGAAGUUUUUUAAUGCUGUCGCAAAGGGCGGCAUCAUCGAAACGAUUCUUAUGUGGGCAAAGAGCAAGGAGCAAGAUCAACUCUCGAAAACCAGCGGUAAGAAACAGACGAAAUUGAAGGACAUUCCGAAAUUGGACGAUGCCAACAAGGCGGGCGGGCCAAUGGGUCAUAG